ACCCCCGAGAAGGGCUGUGGCACUGAAGGGGUUCCUCCCAGGGACCGUGGGGUGCUGAGACAGCGCAGGGCUGUAAGUCCCUGACGACUUGGGAACAGCGUGGUGAUGGUGUGUAGCCAUCUCCUUAAGAAGGACAUUGUAGGGCUGUGCAGAGAGGGGGACCAGGCAGCUGGAAGCGAGUCUGUCUCGGCUGGCUUGGGGCGCAGAGCCCUGGCUCCGGGCUCCCCUCCCCACAAGAUGGACUUGUCUGAAAGUCACUGAUUUCUGUGCUAACAUGUUCUGUUCUACGCUGUGUUCGUGUCGACUAAUAAACCUUCUGUUUUACCUGCUGACUGAGAGUCGCGUCUGACUGCAGAGUUGGGGUGCAGGGCCCUCUGGUUUUCUGCAGGAGUGGCAUGCGACGGGGGGGGGCCCUGACCCCCACCACAGCUGACCCCCCUCGCCCUCCAGGUGGGAUGUAAUGUGGGUUCCUGACCACAACUUCCCCCUCCAGAUGGAUUGCAAUGGGCAGGAGGGGGGUCCUGACCCCUUGUUCCCCUGCUGAGGUGAACUCUGGGCAGGAGGGUGCAGCCAAGAAUAAUAGAUAUUAAGUAUAUUUAAGAUAUAGAGUGAAACAUAAAUAUUAAUUAAUGGUAGGUGACGGGGCCUACAAGUUGAGGCCUAUAAUAUUUCACUUAGCCAUAUUAGGCCUAAAGAGAGUUGGCAUAAGAAGGUGGCCCAGGAAUAACCCUGUGAAAUUACAAGGUUACUGUAAAGAAUGUGCCAGUGGGUGAUGUUAGGGGAAAUAGACCACAGUGUACUUGUCUAGACCCCCAAGGCACCCAGUUGUAACAUCAUGAGAAAUUCUGCAGGUUACCAUGGGAACUAGUUUACAGAGAGCAUAAUGAGAGUAAGGGGAACUAAGGGAUAGCCAAUGAGAAAUGCGGUGCCCCUAAAUUAGAGGGAUGCGGAAGUAUGGAUGAGGAAAAAGGGGUUGGAAGCCUUAUGCAUAUGUAUGAAUCUUAGUGUGUGUAAGCAUGAUUCACUAAAAGAUGAGCUACCCUGUGGGGGAGGGAGGGGCAAAGAAGUGGAGAGAUGCUAGGAUGGCAACCACUGGUGGUGGUGGUGGUAGUAGUAGUGAUGAGGAGGAGGAAGAUAAUCACUGACUCUCUACGGUUACCCAGCAGGAGAUGUGAGUAAUGCUAAUCAUAGGGUUAAACACUUCAUACUCUUUCUCUAUCAGUGGUAUUUUAGUGUUUGUGGGAUUGUUCAUCUGCUUAGUGCACUUUUUAAUAAAGAGACUUGUAAUAAAUUGCAGUUGUUUCUUAUGUGCUUCUAGUGUCUUUUAUUCUAAUGAUACUGAUGAUCAUCAUCCUGAUGCUGUAGCCCUCAGGAGACCAAACCUUCAUUGACCACUUUGGUCUAAGUGAUAGAUCAAUAUAAAUUGAUAAACCACCAAUCCGUUAAUAAGGCUACAAGGGGCACUGCCCACUCCCCAGUCAGAGCCCACCUCUCAAAGGCUCUGACUGGGGCGAUACUGCCUCCUGGUACUCCCUCCCUUUUCCUGAUUGCCCCCAAAUAGAAUGUGAUCUAUGGGCACUAAAAGCCCAUUCCUUUAGAGACCUCUGCUCCCCAGACAGGGUCCGGCUUGAAGGAAGACUCCUCUCCCGCUACCUUGUAUGUGGGGAGUUGCCCGUCACACAGAGAUUGCCUAUGAGGAUGGGAAGCACUGCCCACCUAAGUAGGCAAGUGGCAUCCGUCCUGUGACUAACUUUCUGGAAGAGUGAAGCACAUUAUAGGCUGAUUAGAGGCUCAGUAAACACUGGUACCUAUUCUGCCCUUGGUUCUAGUGGCCAAAGCAGAAGCAGUGAAGUCACUUAAAUACAGAGACCAACGGCAUCAUGGAAGACAGCUCUCCACAUUCCUCUGGGCUUGGUGUAUAUCGUAAUCAUAAAGUAACUCUUGUUAAUGAUACAAUCCACAGGACUAAAAGGCCCUUAGACUUGCUGGAGGAGGAUCAGCCCCUGCAAUCAGCUGCUAAGAAACGGUGCCAUUUGAGUAAUUAUUGUAGCACUCCAUGCCCAUCAAAGAAAUUACCACUAUGCUCCCCAGAUUCUGCCUGCUUCCCUGACUGUCUGUAUGAUACUGAGCUGGAGAACAUUGUCAUCAGAGUUAGUCUUCCAGAAGACAGUGCGGUAGCCCUUUCUGCGGAUACAAUCAGAUGUUUUGAUGAUAGUGAGCCAGAUGACUCUUUGCUGGAACCCUCAGAUGAUGAACAAGGGAACUCUCCCUUCAAUUAUACCGAGGAAGAGUGUAGGGAAAUGUUAGCAGAUGAUUGCUUAGGAGAUGACCAGAACUCUACUGGAGAGAGUGCUUUAGUGACUCAAGAUGAAUGGGGGCAAAGUGAGAAGGAAGCGAAUAGCAACUAUAGUUGUGCAUCAGUCCCCUCUGAAGGCACAGAGACCUCAUUCAGGACCAUAGAUGAGUUAGUAAGUAACGAGUCUCUAUCUCAGACUGGCUCUUCAGUUAAUCCUGGAUAUUUUCGAAUUCUUGAGAAUGAAACUGCUAAUUCUGAGGGUGAAGGAUGCUUGAAUGUGGACUGCUUGAAAUCAAAUCAAGUAAUUUGUACGCUAUUUGACUGUGAUCUUCAGGGGCCUCUAAAUCUUUCCCCAACUGAUGCAGAUUCAGUAGAUCAGCUGAAAGGGGAUGAUGGCUUGGAGGAAACCGGCGAAAAAGCUUCACAAGUAAUAAGAGAUGACCAUCUACAAAAUGCAAGCAAACAAAGUAUAGAGUAUGAUGAAAUCAGUUCUAAUAGCUUGGUUGUUGAAGAGUCCCUUGAGUCCCUGGUUUCUAAAGAGCAGCACAGUGGGGGCAUGGAUAAUGUGGAAAAGCUGCCAUCAGAAAUCAAAGAAUCAUCUCCCUUCUAUGAUGCGCACACGAAAUUUUCCACAUACUCUCCUGAUCCUGCCUGUGGUCAAAGUAAGGACAAAGUGGAGAAUCCAGCACCUAUACUGCUAUUGCAUCCGAAAACCUCUAACUUCAUCUUAAAUCAGGACCCUUCCAAAGGAACAGACAAUGGAUUAUCAGGGACCUUUGGCUCCCAAAAGGAAGAUUUGAGCCAGGAAUCCACAUCUGUUGAAGAAUCAUCAGAAAAUCUUAAAUUAAACUCUGUAGUCUUAGACCAGAACUGUGGGGAAGACACUACCUGUGGGAAGAAGCUAGGCAAAGUCAUUCCUGUGCCACAGGUGGAAGAAAGACCAAAACAACGGAUAUGCAUUUCCGAAGCAGAACUUGAGCAAAAGAAGUGUAUUUAUAUCCAAUGUGUGCAUGCCCAUGUAAAGAAUUCCAUGGAUCCUACACCAGAUGCAUUAAAUGAGUUCUACGCACUGAUGGAUGAGGUUGCCAGCAGGGAGUACCGAACCCAGGACCGCAGAUGGCAGCAUCCAUCAGACCUCACCAUGAGAAAAUACCCAAGGUUCUCAAAGAAACCCACCCAAAAGUGCAGCCUUAAGCAAUGGGUGAGCAGGAACUUGGCCCACCACCGUCGCUUCCAGGACAUUCCUGACCACUUCCAGCGUAGCUCGGUCACAACAUCCUCCAGUGUCUGAGCUACGGAGAGACUGUGUUACGGAGAGACUGUGCUGUUUUUUCUCCAUUUAAAGUUAGUUUUUAAUUGUCCUGUAGCUUAGCUGUUUCUCUUGAUUGUUUGAUCUAUGGAUUGUUCUGUUUUUUAAUAAGGCCAGUUUGAGGAUUUUGUGUGUCUUUGUUUUGGAGACCUUCAGAACCUUCUUUUUAAAUACAAAUUAAAGAUGUGAUCUGUUCUGUA